AUGUACAUCACUCUCUACUACUUUGUAACCCGGCUCCCUGACUCCCUUCGCUCGGUUAGGGACCACUUCCUCUCCCUUUGCCCCACCACACUCACCGUUGACCUCCUCGAGGAGCACCUCUUGGCAGCAGAGAAGAGCAUAGUCGCUGUAGGAUCCUCUCGUGGUGACCCUCGUGCCCCUUUCUUUGAGGGGUGCUCCCCAGACCCUCUUUUGCCCUAUGUUGCCUCUGCUGCUACUGUCGACCUCGUUGGCACCGAGUCGGUCCGCGCUGCGUCUACUCCCAGUGGGAAGAGCCGGAGCGGCAGGAGCAAGGGGGGCAAGGGUGCUGGAGGGGAUGGCGGGGGCGGCAGUGGUGGAGGUGGAGGCGGUGGAGGGGGUGGUGGUGGAGGUGGGGGUGGUGGGGGUGUGGGCUUCAGUAGCGGUGGUGGAGGUGGAGGCGGUGGCGGCAGCAGCGGUGGGGGCGGAGGUGCUGGCGGAGGCGGAGGUGGUGGCGGAGGCGGCGGUGGUGGGGGUGGCGGCGGCGGUGGUGCCGGUCGAGGUGGAGGGCUGCACGCCACGCACCGCUGUUUUGGCCGCCUGACUGACGAAUGGCGUGCACAGUUUCUAGACGCCACGGAGCUCCCUCGCUGGGGUGAUCUGCUUAGGUCGGGGGUUGCUAUCUUUGAUCUUGACUAUGAUGCUAUCCUUGCUGCUAUGUAUGCUAUGACUAUUAGCGCUGAGGGUGACUGUUACCUGUGUGUGCCGCCCGACCCGGGCAUUGGGACUGCUGCUCUAGGUGCUAGUGCGUCUGCUGCUCCAGGUGCCAGUGAGUCUGCUCCCUCAGGUACCGCGCCGGCUCAGGUCUUGCACACUUUCACCCUUGACUCGGGUGCUUCCCGCUCCUUCUUUCGCGACUGCACCACACUCACGCUACUCAAUCGGCCAGUGGCAGUAUCCCUGGCUGACCCCUUUGGGGGUCUGGUCCUUGCAUACUCCUCCACGGUUCUGCCGUGUCGGGCGGUCCCGUCUAGCUCUCUGUCUGGCCUCCACCUCCCUUCGUUCUCCACAAACUUGGUGAGAGGAGCUGACCUUCAGGACGCGUGGGUUGACCAGUUCACUCCUUGA